AUGGGCGGUACCCAACCAGAGGACGACGACUCCGGCGAGGACAUUGACAUGGUCAAUGUAGACUUCGAGUGGUUCGACCCCCAGCCCAUCGAUUUCCAUGGCAUGAAGAACCUGCUGCGCCAAUUGUUCGACAACGAUGCCCAGAUCUUCGACAUGUCCGCUCUGGCCGACUUGAUUCUGUCGCAGCCAACGCUGGGAUCAACAGUGAAGGUCGAUGGAAACGAGUCCGACCCUUAUGCGUUCUUGACCAUCCUCAACCUGCAGGAGCACAAGGACAAGCCCGUCAUCCAGGACCUGAUCAACUACCUUAAGACCAAAUCCGCCACCAACCCGUCGCUCUCUGCUGCCAAUCAGCUUCUGUCUCAGAACCCCAUCCCGCCCAUUGGCCUCAUUCUCACAGAACGUCUGAUCAACAUGCCUUCCGAGAUUGUCCCGCCCAUGUACAACAUGCUCCAGGAGGAGAUCGCCUGGGCCAUCGAGGACAAGGAGCCUUACAACUUCUCGCACUACCUCAUUGUCUCGAAAAACUACGAGGAGGUGGAGUCAAAGCUUGACCAGGAAGAGUCACGGCCCCAGAAGAAGAAGAAGAAGGGCGGCGAGCAGGCCGAGCGCUUCUUCUUCCACCCUGAGGAUGAGGUCGUGGAGCGCCAUGCACUGUGCUCCGGAUCUAUUGAGUAUACUCAUAAGUCGGACGAGGGUCACUCGGACUCAAAGCGUGCCUUCCAGGAGCUCGGCAUCAAGACGAAUGGUAGCCUGAUCUUGCUCGAGGCCGCCCAGUUCGAGCCUAUGGUCAAGGCUCUCACAGAAUACAUGUCGUAG